AUGUGGACGAAAACGUCGCAACAGGAGCAAAUUGAUGUAAAAGCCAAAAAUGUUACAAAGAUUGAUGUCAACGUCAAAAGUGUUACAAAGGUUGAAGCUUGCUACCUUGAGCAGGUUACGUGCCCGAACAAUACAACCAUAGUCGUCUUAAACAGAGACCGCCUGUUUCACCAAGGAGACGUUCUUACCGUGAGGGUUGAGGCAAGAGACGGAAAAGGAAGGCCGAAGAAGUACGGAGGAGACUUUCUCCGUGCCAGACUCAUCAGUAGUGACCGUUCGACGCAGGCCAGUAGCGCCGGUCACGUCACUGACCACAAUAACGGCACCUACACCGUGCAGUUCCCGCUCUACUGGACAGGGGGCGUUUCGAUAAAGAUUCAGCUCGUCCAUCCAAGCGAGGCAGUGAAUGUUCUACAGAGAGUACGCGAAGUUCCAAACAAGAGAGUCUUCUCCUGUAGCUUCGUCGACGAGAAAAAGAACGCCACCAACACAACACAGUGUUUCAGUUCUGCCAACACCAGCCUACUGCCUCACCAACAGUGCGACUUCUCAAAGCCAGAGGUGAACGGGACCUGGAUUUGUGAGAAGCCGGACAAACUUGCGUGUUCCGCCAUCUCAAGGUGCAGAUGGGACUCGAAGAAGAGCACGGCAAAGGUCCUGGGACUGGCGUCUGAAGAAGAAAAGAAACUUUUCCAAAGACCUUAUCUUGAGGAGGAACUUGAAGUAGACCCCAAGGAGCCCAUACACGUUCUUGAAGCAGAGCCGCGAACAUCCCAACAUCUUCCAGCAUGUACCUGGGACAAGUCUGCAACUUUGGGGCAUUGGUCAGGCAAGGUGUGGACGUCAUCCGUCUGCAAUGUCCGAGUGUUCACUCAGAAUGACAUUCGGCGGUGCCUGGCUAACAAGACUGUGUACAUGCAAGGUGACUCCACGAUCAGGCAAUGGGGCCUGCGUUUGGAGAAGGAAGUACCGUUGAACUACGAUAACAAUACCAUGAAUUCUAAAGGUUUGUCGAUAGGAGACAACGGCCAAUGGAACAUCUCUGUUCGCUACCGGUUUCACCACUUCCCCGUACAGGGAGGAGUUUGGAUUAUCUUUAAUGACUUCCGCUACGUUGUUGAUGAGCUGGACGCCAAUCCAGGAGGACCAAACACGGUAAUAGUUCUGAGUCUGUGGGCUCACUUUACGGCAGAGCCGCUAGAGCUGAUCCGGUCCAGACUGUACGCCAUACGGGGUGCCAUACACCGUCUGAAGCGCAGGGCUCCCGGCACGCGGGUUUUCGUGAGAACCGGGACGACGCGAGAGCACAAAAGAAGAAAGCUGGAGUUCUACCUGCUAGCAAGCGACUGGUUGGCUUACCAGAUCACGGAGGUGAUACGAGAGAUGUUCCGGGCGGACCCAGACGUGGUUGUGUUGGACACGUGGGGCAUGAGCGUGUGUCAGCCGGGAAAAGACAACGUGCACCCAGACCAAACCAUGGUGGACAGUCAACUAAACAUGCUGCUUUCUCAUAUCUGCCCAGAGGAAGAGUUGUGAACAUACGGUGCACAUGUAUGUUGUAAUUAUUGUCUUUGCCAGAAGGUUAUGUUUUCGGUUUGGCUAUGAUAGACUGAUCAUGAGUGUGGAUAUGGUGGUAUAACUCUUUAAGUCAUGCAUGUAUGGUGCAUUGUCUUAAAUUAUAUUGUGAGUCAUACAAUGGAUGUAAGGAUGACAACCAAUAUAUACAUUAACGAAGAUCUCGAUAACAAAUGUAGAAUGUGCAAAAAAUAGGUGUUUCGGGCAGGCACAUUACGUUCUGCCAACAUAUUUACCUAGA